AUGCAACAUCUAGAUGACCAGUCCGAUGGACUUCUCCACGACUUGAUUCAGGAUCGAGAAUUCAAGGCUGCUCUGGCCAGUAAAAAGACCAUUGCUAGCCUGCCUCAGGAAUUGGUUGCCGAGAUCGUCAGCUACUUGACCCACGAUGCUACCCACGGUGCUUCCAUCCUCUGCAACAAGAGAACAUUGCAGUAUCGAGACCACGUCGAGCACAGGAGCAGGAUGUAUACGCUCUGUUUGACGUCGAAGCCUUUUCUUGCAGCAGCACGUCGCCAACUUUAUAAGACAGCGGUCUUUGCAGCUGACAACGAACCAACAACCGAGGGAAUCGACGAAAAGCCAGGACAGAAAAGCAUGGUGCUCUUCUUCCGGACACUUUUAGAGAACCCAUGCCUUCGUCCUCUUGUCCAGUCCGUGUUUUCGGGCUGCGACCUGACAGCCAGAGCCUUUGGUAGAGAAAACGUGAACGGUGAUAAAGUGUUCGAUUUCUGGGUUGACAAGAGCCUUGAUAUGAGAAUCGCUAGUCGCCAAGACCACAGGAUCUUGUCGACACUUAACUUGACUACGCCGGAGAACGAUUUCCAAAUGCCCUCUACGUACCCGUGCCCUCUACAAAAGUACAUAAAAACGACCGGGACUCCCGGCUCAGUUUAUCUCGGCAUUUUGAUGUUGAGCCAACAAAUAACCGCGAUCGGGUUCCCAGUGACCUGUGCACACUUACAGUCUGAUGGGCUCGUUGGAAGGGUGCUUGAAAAUUGUUCAACACCGAAGGUAGUAUUGGACCAGAUACUAAUGCGUCCAGAAAUAGCCCAGGGCUUUCUGAAAAAUCUGGAACAAGUCCAAGUCAUGGAUGGGCACAAGCAUGACAUUGAAAACGGCUCCACUAUCCAAGAACCGAUUGGGAGUUACAACUUGUUUGUAACAAAACUAGUCAAUUACACCAGGGUGCGAGCUUUGGCCGUUGGAUGGAACUGGUUCCGUGGACCCUUGCCUUCUUCCAUCAAAAAGCUUGAUGUCACUGACACGACAAUGCAAGCCCGAGAUAUACAACAGAUUGCAUCCUGCACCCAUGUGGAAGAGCUGGGUCUGAUCUUGGUACGAAUGUCAAACUUCCCGGCAGGAGCUGGGCAUGACUUAAUCAACAACAAUCUUGCACCGCUGGCUGCGACACUGAGAUCUCUGGAGAUAGACUUGUGCUUUAACUUAAAGCCCCGCACCGAACGAACUGCCCUGGGAGCGCCCCGCAGAGUUCACUGCCUUGGAAACUUCCAGCAGCUGACCAGACUGGCCAUUACCGCGCGGGCCCUGUUCGGCCCCAGCUUCCUCCUGGAGCCGGACGACUUUCCAGGGUUUCUUCCCAGGAGCCUCGAACAUCUCGAUAUCCGAAACUUCAAGGAAUCUGUCAGACGCCGCGAUGGCGUCAACCAGUGGCUGCACGACCUCCUGGUCUCAGUGGCCGAGGCUUCGGGCAAUCAACUACCUCAUUUGGAGAGCGUGGAGAUAGAGGCAGCGCAGCUUUCAAGGCGCUCGCUCGUAUUCGUGAGGCUGAACAGACUCCGACGGAACUUUAACCGCAACUCGGUGCGUAUGACGACCUAUUAA